CCCACACCAACUACUACACUACUCUUCUCCCACACAGUUGCUUCUCGUGCAACCAGCUCAGCUCAGCUUUAUGCCGCAUUGGCCUUCCAAUUGAGAAUACUUCCACCUGUCUUCUUACUCGACACGCAAUGUGUCAAAUGUGAAAUCUUUUCUUGUCCCUGAUUGAAACACCAAGAUUUUCCCUCAAUUGCUCCAUUUAUCUCUCUAGCGCCUGCUUCUCCUGAAUCAUGGCUUCCGACUCCAUUGCUCCUGGCGACCAUCGAGCUUACAUGGCGCUGGCUGUGUCGCUCGCCGAGCAAUCCCCCCCACGGCCAACCAAUUUCCGAGUAGGGGCUGUCAUUGUCGAUGCCGCCGCGAACAAGAUCCUUGCGACGGGCUAUACGCUUGAGCUUCCCGGCAACACACAUGCAGAACAGUGCUGCUUGGACAAGAUUGCACAAGAACAUAACAUUUCGGAGGACCGAGUGGGCGAAGUAUUGCCAAACGAAACCGUUCUUUAUACUACCAUGGAACCCUGCGGCAAGAGAAUGAGUGGCCACCUGGAUUGCGUCGCAAGGAUUAUGAGAACCAAAGACCACGGACACCCUGGCAUCAGCAAGAUCUACCUCGGAGUCAAGGAACCUCGCAUAUUCGUGGGCCUCAAUGCGGGUAGAACGCGCCUCUGGGGCCACGGCAUCGAAUGUGUACACGUCCCUGGUUUCGAAGACCAAAUCCUCAAGAUUGCGACCGCUGGACAUGAUCAGUUCACGGGAAAGCACCAGCAACCUCCUCGCGCUCCGACUCUGUAAUGAACACACUCUUGGUGCCGACAGAUAUACUACGAUAUCUAUCCACCUUGUGACGAGCUUUCAUUUUUUUGGGCAUCUAACGACCGAGUCUGCACAUGCAUCAUCUGAGCGUCAUCCGGCCUUCUUUUUUUUUUCUUGUUUCUUUCACCCUUUCGACGGAUAUGGAUAGGUAAUCCUAAUAGGCGGAAGGAUUUUGGUGAUUGAGCCCCGUCGAUAUGGCUGUUUAUAGCAGAUGGGUAGCUCUGUACAAAGGGGAAAAUUUCGUGUUCAAACAAAACAAAAAGCAUACAAAAAGUGGCGUUUCUGGGGGCGCAUUGCAUGUACUGCUCAAGUACUGUAUUUAUUAUUUUGCGUUCUCAAAAGCGCAUCACAGCAGGCAGACGUUUGUAUUUAACGACAUUUUUUUGAGUUACCAUAUCUAAAGCAAUCUACGUUUCCUGU